ACGUGUGUGAGAAGGCACUGCUUGUCAGUCAGACUUUGAACAGUGCACUGGCGCUCAUCACCGCUAAUCUCUGGCCGCUGUCUGUCAUCAACGACGCUGCUACUGACAGUUACCAGCGACGAGCUCAGAAAUAUAGAUUAGGAUGAACAAUUGCUAAGAGAGAGAUAAGAAACCGGAGGGCAACAGUGUAAAGGGACCGGAGCGGAGAUUAAACGUUAGCUAACGCCGUUUAACGUUAACGUUACUCGGGAGUUGCGAUGGUCCAGUCAAGGGAUAUUUUUCUAGCCUUGCUUCUUGUGGGCUGUACAGUUUCACUGGAAGUGCAGAUCACACCCAGCCACGGUGAAAUUAGUCUUGGAGAGUCCAAAUUCUUCAUGUGUGAAGUUGUAGGCGUUGCAAAGCACAUAGACUGGUUUGGACCAAGCGGGGACAAGAUUGAACCUAACAGACCAGACAUAACAGUAACCCGUAAUGAUGAGUCAUCUUCCACCCUCACGCUGUAUAAAGCUGGGACUGAAAAUGAAGGGACAUACAAGUGUGUCGCUACCUCUGGAGACCAGCAAGGGGAGUCAACUGUCAAAGUGAAAAUAUUCCAAAAAAUCACCUUCACGAAUGCACCUUCACCACAAGAGUUUACUGAAGGAGACAAUGCGAACAUUGUCUGUGACGUUGUCAGUUCACCUCCACCCACAGUCCUCUGGAAAUACAAAGGAGCAAGAAUACAGAUGGAAAAAGAUGUUCGGUUUAAGGUGCUGAGCGACAAUCACCUUCAAAUCCGUGGCAUAAAGAAGACAGAUGAGGGCGCGUACACCUGCGAGGGUCGCCUCAUGGCUCGCGGCGAGAUUGAUCUGCGGGUCAUCAAGGUCGUUGUGAACGUGCUCCCUACCAUCAGGGUAUGGCAGUCAGAGGUGAAUGCCACAGCAGAUGUCGGGCAGGCUGCCAUGUUGACUUGUGCCGUUGAUGGCUAUCCUGAACCCAUGGUGACCUGGACAAGGAACCAAAUGGUUCUUGAGGCAGGAGAGAAGUACAGCUUUAAUGAAGAUGGCUCAGAGAUGUCAAUAAUGGAUGUUACCAAGCUGGAUGAAGGAGAAUACACCUGCAUUGCCAAGAACAAGGCCGGGGAAAGCGAUCAGGAACUCAGUCUGAGAGUAUUUGUCAAGCCUAAGAUCACAUACAUUGUAAACCAAAGCACUUCAGAGAUGGAGGAGCAGGUAACUCUGACUUGUGAGGCUUCAGGAGAUCCAACUCCCACCAUCAACUGGAGCUACGAUGGGCGUGUCUUCACCGAAGGAGAGCAGGCGUCAUGGACUCGUCCCGAGCAACACAAGAGUCAGGAUGGAAAUGUGGUGGUGAGGAGUGAUGCUCGUGUGUCCUCCCUCACCCUGAAGGAUGUGAAGUAUACAGACGCUGGCCAGUACCUCUGCUCAGCACGCAGUGCCAUCGGAGAGGAUGAGCAGCUGGCGAACCUGGAAGUCCGCUAUGCCCCUAAGAUCCACGGUGCAGUGGCAGUGUAUACCUGGGAAGGAAACGCUGUCAAUAUCAGCUGUGAGGUCAAGGCUCAUCCCAGUGAAGUAUCUAUUGUGUGGCUGAGAGACGGACUGGAGCUACCCAACUCAAAUACCACGAAUAUUAAGAUCUUCAGAACUCCGUUAUCCAGCUACCUGCAGAUAACCCCUGAGUCUGAAAAUGACUUUGGGAGCUUUAACUGCACUGCUUCAAACGAGAUGGGCACAGAGUCCAAGGAGUUCCUCCUCAUUCAGGCCGAGGUGCCGUCAUCUCCAUCCGUCAGUGAGGUGAAACCUUUCUCAACCACAGCACAGAUGCAGUUUGAGGAGCCCGAAUCCACUGGAGGUGUCCCUAUCCUCAAAUACAAAGCUGAGUGGAGGAUACACGGCCGGGGCAGCUGGAUGCAUAGAGUCUUUGAGGUCCAAGAUGGCUCCAUCAGUGAGGUGACUAUCACCGGCCUGAAGCCAGACACCAGCUACGAAGUGAAGAUGUCAGCCAUCAACGGAAAGGGCGAAGGUGAAAGCAGCCCCGCUGAGUUAUUCAAGACCGAGCCUGUCCGAAAUCCCAAUCCUCCUAAGCUUCAAGGAGCACUUCAACCCAAAGGCAACUCCCUCAAAGUCAGCUGGAUCAAGCAGGAUGACGGCGGCUCACCCAUCUUACAUUAUCUUGUCCGUUAUAAACCAAUACAGGCGGCAGACUGGAAACCAGAAAUCCGGCUGCCCAGCGGCAGCGACUAUGUGGUUCUGAGCGGGUUGGAGUGGGACACAGAGUACAAUGUCUUCGUGGUGGCCGAGAACCAGAAGGGCAAGUCCCCGCCAGCCACCAUGUCCUUCAGGACGUCCACAGAGCCGGCAGCCAUCCCAGAUCUGGGUGAAGAAGCGGCGCUCUCCAUGGGCAUCAUGCUCUGGGCGGGAAUCCUUGUUGUAGUGUUUGUACUCUUGCUGCUGGCUGUGGAUGUCACUUGUUACUUUGUGAACAAAUGUGGCCUCAUCAUGUGCCUCUGUGGGAAAUCAGGCACCGGGACCAAAGGACACAACAUUGAGGAGGGCAAGACCAUCUUCAUGAACGAUGAGUCCAAAGAGCCGAUAGUAGAAGUCAGAACAAUAGACGAGUGCACGGCCAAUCAUAACGCGGCAGGACCGACAGAGCCGAGUGAAACCACACCUCUCACAGACCCAGAGCUGGCGGCUUACACUGCUGCUCUGGCACUGGACACCCUCUCCUCCGUAGCCACCAACUCUGACACAGCCACUGCAACAAUUGACCCCGCUCAGGACAGCCCCUCUAGCGAGACCACUACCCUCACUUGUAGCCUGUCUACCCCGGCCAAUGACCCCUCACCCACCCCUAUAUCGGCCCCAGCCCCGACCCCAGAGUCAAACACGGCCCCGCCGACUCCCAUCAUCUCCACCUCCGCCGUCGAAGCUAAAAUGGCCCCGUUAGUAGAACAAAGAGGAAGUAACUCCCCGGAAGAGCAGGAGAAACUUCCCACUCCUCUUUGCACCCCCGAACAGACUAUAUCUCAAAAAUCUGGGACGCCAAUACCACCGAAGCGUAGACACUCUCCUAAACUCGCCGCUCUGAAAGCUAAAGGUAGCCCCCCUGUAUCGCCGCUAGCUGCAUCUUCCCCCUCUCCCUCCCCCACCGUAACCAGCAAGAAACCUGCUCCAAGCCCACCGGUCACCCAGCUUCCCACGCAGCCACACACUGCAGCCUUAGACAUCGGGACACCAGCGCAAACUGCCUCCACUAUAGCAACCACUGCCACUCCAAAACCAGACCGCGAUUCAAACACUGCCUCGGAUCUCAGCGGGUAUAGCCUCACUGCCUUUGAUAUUAACAAACCCGCUGACCAAACUGUGGACAAGAACACACCCACUGCCAAAGAUGCUAAAGCUCCCACUGCAACUAGCUUUCCUUCAGUGAUCCCCAGUGCUUUUGAUAUCCUGAAUACUGAAGAAUCUGCUCCUCUAAUUGCAGAUGUCCCCUCCCCUCUACUUUCUACCACUAUUUCUCAAACCCCUGCUAGCGUCAAUGCGCCGAUCUCCAAUGAUUUCCUGUCAGGCACGUACGACUUCCUAUCCACUGACACGGUGCCCAAAAAUGCCGUUUUCGAUUUAGAGCUGACUAAUGGCACACAAAGACCCUCUCUGCCCUCCACAUGCCUUAUUAGCUUAGACAGCCCGCCCUCUGCCCCCUCUCUGCCCAAUGGAGACGGAGCAGACCUCCCCCCCUCAGGCCCAGUUCUGGAGGCAUCAGAGACUCUGGCCAAGACUGCUCCUCCUGUCAACGAUGAGGGGAUUUUUUCUGAUGAGAAAGGCAAAUUGGAGGAGGCAGGAUUAUCAAAUGCCCUAAUGGAGAUCGCUGCAGAACGCAACAGUGUCAUACAGACAAAUACCAACGAGAGCAAAGCAUGAUGGGGCCGGAGAAAUCCCAGAGAGCCCGAUCCAAAACAUUUUGCAGCAGCGACAGCGAGAGAAACACUGCAAGAGUUUUGAUUUCCAGUGCCCUUAACUACAUAUUCAAAACAACACACACUUGUUGAUUGGUUAGAGCGCACUAUGACCGUGGUUUCAUUCAUGAAAUGUUUACUACACCCAAGGAGUUUAUCUUUAGGUCAUAAGAGAUUUAUUUUAUUUUUUUAUUGUUUUAUUUAACCAGUCACAAUGAUUAAGAACAAUCUCUUAAUAUAAUGAUCGCUUGGUGAAUAUAUGAAAUUAGACUUUUAUUGUGCUUAUAGUUUGAAUUGCAGUUGCACACAAGCAUUGGAUUAUUAUGAGAAAUGUAAAAAAAAAAGAAAAAAAGAAAAAAAAAAGAAUAUAUAUAUAGAAAUUAUUUUUCUUAUUUUCAUGUUCUACUGUUCAAAUGUAAAACUGUUUGCAUUUUUUUUAGUUUGGGUUCUUAAUUUGUGAGCUUGUCUCAUUAAAUAGCUUGUUCUGCAUGUAUGACCUGCAAGUGGUUGUGAAGUUUUGUUUACAAGGUUUAUUGUCUGUUACAGGGAUGUUUAAUCUCUCACAGUUACGCUGGCAGGGAUUAAACAUAGGCCCAAAUUCAGUGUUUGGAUUAUAACCAUAUUUGUUAUGGUUAUUAAAAUACAGGAUUAACCUACAGCCAGCUGCAGGAGGAAAAAGUGACAGAGAAUCCCACAGCACGUCGACUGUGUGCACGAUUGGAUCAGAUUUGGCUUAUUUUAUGAUCAAAUAUACUCUGUCACUGACCUACCACAAUGUUAGUUAAAAAUGUGAAUUAUUUAAAAUGUAUUUGGUUAAAAAAAAAAAAAAGGCAACUCAGUGAACACAAACGUUCACAGAAAGACAAAAAAACGCCAGCAGAACUGCUGAUUCUCAGCCAAGGGUUGAAGAACCGUGAAUCAAGCGAAUGUCAUCUGAUCUCGAGCUAAAUAUACACCACCUGUUUGUUUGGGGGCAACGACUAUGAUAGCUAUUGUUUCCUCCUCACAUUCAAGCAGAUCAAAAGGUCUGGCUUCAUACUUUGAGUUGUGCUUUUGAAGCAAAAAAAUAAAAACUCUAAAAAGCAUUUUUGUACUAUUUAAAAACUACAAAGAUUUCUUUUCCAUUCCUGCCUGCAAGCUUGUGCACUGUGCUUGUGUGUCAGUAGAUUGUCCUGUCAUCAGUUUCUAUGAUAAUCUGCAUAGCUUUGUCGUGAGAGCUUUAGCUGAUACCUUUUUUUAAAAAAAAGAAAAUUGUAUUAUUAGAAGAAAAGUACAAUAAAUGGACUAAUGUGGUCAUUAUAACACGUGUAGUGUAUUAAACUGUCCGUCUCUGGUCACCGCACUAUAUAUUGCCAGCUAUAGUGAAGGAAGGUGUUUUGAGCCUUGGCAUGAAUUCAGUCAGUACUUCAUAACAUAUAACUACAAGGCAGAUAAACGUGCCCGUGUUUGUUUGGGGCAAAUCGCUCUCAUAUUGAUUUAAUGAGUGUCUUUGGGGCUUGUUCUGGCAUAACUACACAUUGUUUUUAUUUCUCCCUCCCCCCCAGUUGUUAUUCAAGUGUUCUGUAAUGUGGUUUUUGAAUUUUCUUUUUUCAGUUUUUGUCUUUUGUAUAAAAAAUCACUCACCAAGAGCGACUGCUUGACAAGUUCAGGACACCAUUGGCAGGAAGCAGGGUGGUCGACCUGAAACAAAAGAACAAAUUUAUUUUCUAAAAGCUUUACAUAACAGAUGUAGUGUCAAGAGAACCCAAUACAGAUUUGAGGUGUAUCAGAACAACAACAACAAAAACAAGCUUUACUCACCUUGUACUCCACAGCUGUUACAAGACCACCUUGCUCCCUCGUCUCUGGACGCUCCUUUUGGUUUUAUUGGGUCAAACUCAGAAAAUAUCUGUUGUGUACAGUCUGAGUGCUAACCCAUUUACAAAAUAAAAAAUGGUUUCCGAAUCUAA